GGCACAUUCUAUCCUUUCCCGGGAUUACAUUAUCCCAACUGCCACUCGACCACUGCCUCAAACGACCACAACUACUGCUCAAAAUUUUGCUAUCAGAGUCUAAAAUCCCUCAAAAAUGGCGUUUUCUUCCAUCCUCUACUCCCCAGUCCACUUCCCCCUCCGAGAGCCUCGCUCCCACCUCCCCCGCAGCCGCCAGCUCUCAGUGAGCGCCGCCCUUCCGCCCGCCGCCGACGUCGCCGCGGUGGCCGACGCCAUCGACGGCACCACCAUUGCCGUAAUCGGGGGCGGGUCCGUCGCGGCUCUGGCAGCUGUGCUCUCCCUGUCCGACCCCGAGAAGCGGCGGCAGAUGCAGGCGGAGGAGGUGGGCGGCGGCGACAAGGAGGUGGUGAGGGAGUAUUUCAACAACGACGGGUUCCAGCGGUGGCGGAGGAUUUACGGAGACGGCGAAGACGUGAACAAGGUGCAGAGGGAUAUCAGGCUCGGCCACUCCAUGACUGUGGAGAAUGUGAUGAAGAUGUUGCUGGAUGAAGGGCCGUUGGCUGGCGUUACGGUUUGCGACGCCGGCUGCGGGACGGGCUGCUUGUCCAUUCCGCUCGCCAAAGAAGGGGCGGUCGUGGCCGCUAGUGAUAUCUCGGCCGCUAUGGUUGCUGAGGCUGAGAAACAGGCCCGAAACGAGCUUUUGGGAGGCAAAGAAGAGCUGCCCACCGGACUGGUCUUGCCAAGAUUUGAAGUGAGCGACUUGGAGAGCUUGAAUGGGAAGUAUGACACUGUUGUCUGUUUAGAUGUCUUGAUACACUACCCACAAAACAAGGCGGAUGCUAUGAUUGCACAUCUUGCCUCUUUGGCUGAGAAGCGGUUGAUUCUAAGUUUUGCCCCAAAAACAUUCUACUAUGAUCUGUUGAAGAGGGUGGGGGAGUUGUUUCCCGGACCUUCAAAGGCUACGAGAGCAUAUCUUCACGCUGAGGCUGAUGUCGAGAGUGCGCUGCAAAAAGCUGGGUGGAGGAUACGAAAGAGGGGGCUAACCACUACGCAGUUCUACUUUUCCAGAAUUGUUGAGGCCAUCCCUGCAUAGCGCAGAAAGUUCAGUUUACCUGAUAUAGGCACUGGGGAUGGGAUUGUGUAUGUUUUGUCAUUUGCUUGAACGUUUUCCUUUCCCGGGCUUGUGACGAGCACCUCCUCCUCGACCUCCUCACUGUCCACCAUACCAUCCUCGUCGUCUAAGCCAUCACCAUUGACAUUGUUCUCAUGGGGACUCACUGCGACCAACGCAAGCUGAUAUGCAGCUCCUACGAAAUCCUUCCCGUCCAGCACCUCAUACACUUCUCGGACGAAGAAACCAGGAAGCUUCCUCUCCCUCCUAAAAUCACUCCUCAUAUCCCAGAAAGACUCGUCUUCUUCUUGUGGCACACGGGAAUCCCAUGUCCGUAUCUUCUUGAAAUCACUGAGGAGAUUGCUCCAUCUUUUCUGGCAUUGGAUCGGCCCUCUGCUCACUCCAUUUCGUCUGCAGUGACACGCGACGUAGUCCCAUUUGGCCUCAACCUGGUCUGAUCCGAAAACCGAACCAGAUCUUCUGCCAUUCUACCCUCUCUCCUCUGCCAGCCUCUUACCUUCUAUGAGCACCAGCGUCUCCUGUCGGCUCCACCUAGGAUGUCGCGGUGUUUUGUUGCUGUCAGCGGGCGAUUGGUGUCCUUGCGCCGCCAUUCGAGGGAGUUGGAUCUCUUGUGUGCUUAACCAGACAGAUCAAAUGUGUUUGGGUGUUGUUUUGAAAGUUUCAAGCGUGUCUUUAUUCUGUGAUGCACUUGUGAUUUGAGUGUCCUAAAAAGGGCAACAGUCUUUAUUACAGGAUCGAAUGCACAUGCUAACCAAAUCGCUCUCUUUCAAUUUAUAAUAAGGGUAAUUUAUUUAUGUGGUGAA